ACCCCUCAAACAUGUGUCUUCCUCCAUGUGUUUUUGUUUACAACGUGGUUUACAACGUCCUCUGAAAAUGUGGCACAGGGCAGCUUAGGUUCGAGCCUUGAAUCACUGUGAAAGUUCAGUAAGUUAUCAAAUUGAUGCGUUGUUGCCAUGGCAUCAGCAUUCAGCAGCAGUGAUCAAGCUGCGAUUGAUCGCACCGCCGACGUGUCGGCUGACGAUGUCAAACCUACGGUAGGCUGCUCGGAACUCGAGUUCAAGUACGAAGUCAAGCGCGCUAUUGCCUGGAUCUGUGAAAAUCGCUUCAAGAAGGUAGCUCUGCAGUUCCCAGACGAAAUGUUGGUCGACUCCGUGAACGUAACAUUAGCACUCCAGGCUAGUGUUCCGGCUGAACUCUUCAUUCUAGGCGACACAUCCUAUGGAAGUUGCUGUGUCGACGAAGCUGCGGCGGAGCACAUUCUGGCGGAUGCCAUCAUCCAUUUUGGCCACUCCUGCCUGAGCACGCCGUCAAGACUUCCGGUGCUGUUUGUUUUUGGAAGGUCACCAUGCAGCAUGGAGGGGUUGCUGCAGGGACUGCAAAAUGUCUUCUCCGACCCCGAUGCCAGGAUAGUGGUGCUUUUCGACACGCAGUAUGACCACUGCAGCUGUGACAUCUUUACCAAGAUCUCGGCCCUGUUCAGAAAUGCCAUCUGCUCUGAACUGGUCAUACCGUCUAUGCAGCAGGAAUUGAAGGACGACAGCAGAGGGAUAAAGGGCAUAACCAAAUGCUCACGGAGAUUUCAUCUUGCAGAAAACACCAGCCUUGCCGACUACUCUGUACUGUUCAUUGGACCCGAGAACCGGACACUGACAAACAUUGUUUUCACGUUUAACAAUUGCUCGUGCUACUCGUACAACCCAAGCACUCGGAAGACUCGUCAGGAGAGCCUGGCAGUCAACCAACAGCUCAUGCGUCGUUACUACCUCGUAGAGAAGGCGAAAGACGCCAACAUUGUGGGAAUUCUCGUGGGCACCCUGGGAGUUCAGAACUACCUCUCGGCAAUAGGCCACCUGAAGAAGCUGAUCCGGAAUGCAGGAAAGAAGCCCUACACUCUCGUCACAGGCAAGCUGAAUGUAGCCAAGCUCGCCAAUUUUCAGGAGGUUGACGUGUAUGUGCUAGUUGCGUGUCCCGAGAACACACUGCUCGACUCCAAGGAGUUCUUCCGGCCCAUCGUGACUCCCUUUGAGCUGGAACUAGCCCUGAACCCUUCGAGGGAGUGGAGCCAAGUGUUUUCAGCAUCCUUCAAUGACAUCCUGCCAGGUGGUGAGCUGUACUUGGAGCUCACAGAGCAAUCCUCACAGCCAAAGCACGACGUCUCCCUGAUCACUGGCAAGAUAAGAAGCCUCGGCAUUGAGGACAAAACGAAGGACGAGGGCAGCACCGCACACGGUGCACUCGUGGCUAAAGAGGCCACGGUCACCAUGCCCGUGCUCCACAUUGCUGCUGCAGGCGAGUACCUGAUGAACAGGACAUGGCAAGGGCUGGAGACGCACCUAGGCCAAUCACCAGCUGCCACCAUCAGCAAAGGGCAGAUGGGGCUGGCUGCCGGCUAUGUAGGAGAAGGCACCGGGGGACAAGCACAAAUGUAGCCAGCCUAACUUGCUCGAAAAUGAAGCAACCUGCUAGCACAACGGUCUCGGCUCUGACCACCGCUGAAAAAUCAGCUGCAAGCAGAGCUGCUGUUGCAGCUGGCUUUGAAAAAUCCUGCUAAACAUCACAUGAAAGCCAUUCACAUCUGCAAAGGUGCCAUGAAUGCCGUAUUUGCACGAUUCUAAUACACACCUUUUUUCAAUAAAAGGUGCAUUCAAAUUUG